UCCCGGAGGCCGUCUGGCAGAUGGAGCGCAAAGGCCGGGCUGGUGGCGGGACCCGGCCCAGGACAGGCUUCGGCGCGCAGUGCGCGUGCGCGGAGCAAAGAGCUGCCGUCCUUUCAGUGGGUCGCAGAUGGCGGCGGCCGAGGAGCCCUCGCUGGAGCCAGCGGCUUCAGAACAACCCGCGGAGCUGCCUGCCUCGGUGCGGGCGAGCAUCGAGCGGAAGCGGCAGCGGGCGCUGAUGCUGCGCCAGGCCCGGCUGGCUGCCCGGCCCUACCCGGCGACGGCGGCGGCGGCUACUGGAGGUGUGACUAAUGUAAAAGCAGCUCCAAAGAUAAUUGACACUAAAGGAGGUUUCAUUUUGGAAGAGGAAGAAGAAGAAAACAAAAUUGGAAAUGUUGUUCAUCAACCAGGACCUGUUAUGGAAUUUGAUUAUACAAUAUGUGAAGAAUGUGGGAAAGAAUUUAUGGAUUCUUAUCUUAUGAACCACUUUGAUUUGGCCACUUGUGAUAACUGCAGAGAUGCCGAUGAUAAACACAGGCUUAUAACUAAAACAGAAGCAAAAGAAGAAUACCUUCUGAAGGACUGUGAUUUAGAAAAAAGAGAACCAGCUCUUAAAUUUAUUGUGAAGAAGAAUCCUCAUCAUUCACAAUGGGGUGAUAUGAAACUCUACUUAAAACUGCAGAUUGUGAAGAGGUCUCUUGAAGUUUGGGGUAGUCAGGAAGCAUUAGAAGAAGCAAAGGAAGUUCGACAGGAAAAUCGAGAAAAAAUGAAACAGAAGAAGUUUGACAAAAAAGUAAAAGAAUUGCGGCGAGCAGUAAGAAGCAGUUUGUGGAAAAGGGAAACGAUUGCUCAUCAACACGAGUAUGGACCAGAAGAAAACGUAGAAGAUGACAUGUACCGUAAGACUUGUACUACGUGUGGCCAUGAACUGACAUAUGAAAAAAUGUGAUUAUAAGUUAAGUGAUCCAUUUUUUAGAAUUUUAUAUUUAAAUAAAGGAAAUUUAUAAUAGAUUGGCCCUGUUCAAAAUUC